AAGUACAUUUGCUGAUGUGUUACCAGCCAUUUUACACUAUUGGUGGCAGUUAAUUAAUAUGUGUGUGGCAGUUUGUGUGUUGGUGGGUGUGUCAAGUUGUUCAACGACAUUCCAGCGACAAAAUAUUCUGGUGACGGAAUGCGAAUAGCGUCUGUUGUAUCCAUGGGGCGUCUGCUGUUUCAAGAAUAAAAACUACUAUCCCCGGCUAAGGAUAUUUAAUAAAGCAAAAUUCGUAUUUAGUAGCCCAAAUUAACUGUCUACUGUUAGUUUGCGAUGCUGGAUGAAGGGUAAGAGACCUUUGACUUGUGUUUUUUAAACUGCCAGUUCACCUAUGGCAAACAAGACCAGCUCAAUUCAACUGCUAACUUUAGCAAAACAUUAGUAGUCUAGCUUAGCCCUCUUAUCACAGAAGCUAGCUAUGUUUCUUGUAUGAUUUUUAAAUGUCUGGGUUAAGCAAGCUAAAAAAAAAUGUCUGAAGUUGAACCACAGGUUAACUCAUGGAAACCAGGGGGAACGCUGAAAAUGUCCAAUCCAGUUAAAAAAGUGAGACAAGGAGAAAAAUUGCCCCUGAAAUCCAGAGGAAUCCAGAGCAAGGCAUCUCAUGAUCUCAGGAGGCUUCAGUCCCUGCUUGCCAAAAGCGGCCCCAGACAAGAGACGGCAGCGUUGAGUCACAGUAAAGCACGCAGCAGUGGAUCCAGCAGAUCACAAGGCCUGCAUCCUCCAAAAGACAUCAACAGACACAGAAGUGAGAGCGACAUCACCAGUGAAGCCUCUGAACUGGAAAAAUUCAGCAUCACAUACAGAGACCAAAGAUGUUUCAGCAGCCACCCACUGCGUACACUGUUCUCUGACAUCCUUGGCUCUUUGGUCAAGAACAGACUCUGCAGUGAAUGGAUUAACCAUGCACCGCCUGAGUCUGUACUUAGAGUUCUGAUCUGCCUACGAUUAUUGAUCAGAGAUCCCUACCAUCAGAAAAUCCUCCAUCAGCUCCAAGGCAUCAAUUUACUUGCCAGGUAUAUGGAGUCUGUCACUGCCAUGUACAUAUCUUGUGGUGAGCAGGCGUUUGCUGUGCAGAAGCUGGUCACAAUGACCUACAUGUUUCAGAAGCUAUCUGCCGAUGAAAAUCAAAGGGUCUGGGUCAUCGAGAGCGGCGCUCACAGGACCCUGGUGAAGCUCCUCUCCACAACAGAUAGCAGUGUGCUGUUGGGAGCCCUACUGGCACUCACCACUUUGGCUGAGAGCCCAGAAUGCAAGGAGGAGAUUGGUGGGCUGCCGAUAGUGGAGAACCUACUCGUAAUACUGCAGGAAUAUGACCUGCUGUCAAAGAGAAUGAGUGCGGAGCUGUUGAGGCUCCUGUCUCCGGUGUGGCAGGUGAGGGACCAGGUGAGGGAGCUGGAGGGUCUGCCAGUGCUGCUGAGCCUGCUGUACAGCCAGCACCUGAAGCUGCUGUGGAGCGUUGCCUGGGUCCUGGUCCAGCUCUGCGAGGAUCCCGACACCAGGACGGAGAUCCGGAGCUGGGGCGGAGUGCAGCAGCUUCUCCGGCUGCUUACCAGUGACAGGCAGUACGUCUCUGACCGCUUGUCCAUCGAGACACUUUCCAGCGCCAAUGCAGCCGGCCGCAUCCAGAGAGAGCACAUCAGAGAGGAGCUGAGCCCGCAGGAGGAGGCAGACAACACUAUGGCCCUGCAGUCAGCCUGCUGUACAGUUCUGACUGAGCUUAGUCUGGAUGACACAUCUGCUCACCACAUUGUGCAGGAAAAUGGUGUCUAUAUAAUCGCAAAGCUGAUUUUACCACAUAACUGUGGACCAAAGGUCACAUCUUUACAGUGCUAUGCGUUUCGGACCCUCCGGUUUAUCUUCAGCGUGGAAAGAAACAGACAUCUGUUUAAGAGACUCUUUCCCACAGACGUCUUUGAGUUGUUUAUUGAUGUUGGACAUUAUGUACGAGACCUCGCGGCCUAUGAGGGACUGCAAACCAAAGUUUCACUCUACACUGAAGAGGAACUGGACAGUCUGAGAGAGAGCAUCGAGGCUGUGGACCAGAACCGACCUCCCCUUAAAGUCAUCAACAGUUACUCCAUACUGGACCAUCUUGGCACCGGGGCCUUUGGAAGCGUCUUCAAGGUCCGAAAGCAGAGUGGCCAGAACCUCCUGGCUCUGAAGGAGGUGAACCUCCAUAACCCGGCAUUUGGCAAAGACAAGAAGUCCAGAGACAGUAACGUGGAGAAAAUCAUCUCAGAGCUCACGAUCGUCAAAGAACAGAUGACACACCCAAACAUUGUUAAAUAUUACAAGACAUUUUUGGAAGGCGACAAGCUGUACAUUGUGAUGGAGCUGAUUGAGGGAGUGCCGCUGGCUGAACAUUUUAACUCUCUGAAGGAGAAGCAGCAGCAGUUCACAGAAGACAGAAUUUGGAAUAUAUUCAUACAGAUGUGUCUGGCAUUGAGGUACCUGCACAAGGAAAAGAGAAUAGUCCACCGCGAUCUCACACCAAACAACAUCAUGCUGGGGGAAAAGGACAAAGUCACCAUCACGGACUUCGGCCUAGCUAAGCAGAAACAGGAGAACAGCAAGCUAACGUCAGUGGUCGGCACCAUCCUUUACUCCUGUCCAGAGGUGGUGAAGAACGAGCCGUAUGGAGAGAAAGCCGACGUCUGGGCUUUGGGCUGUAUCCUCUACCAGAUGGCCACUUUAAAGCCGCCGUUCAACAGCAGUAACAUGCUGUCACUGGCCAGCAAGAUCGUCGAGGCCGUCUAUGAGCCGAUUGAAGAAGGAGCUUUCUCGGAGAGAGUCACAGACAUGAUCAGAUGGUGUUUGAGUCCAGAUGCAGACCAGCGGCCGGACAUUGUGGCCGUCAGCUCCAGGAUCUCCGACCUCAUGAUGAGGCUGAUGGACGGCCUCUACACUUCCCAGAAUGCACUGGAAAGAAGAGCAGAGAGAGACAGGAAACGAGCACAGAAGUACUUCCUGGAAAGGCACAAAAGCAGGACGUACUGCUGUCACUCAAACCUUCCUCAGGAAAAAUCCUUAAUGAAUACUGAAUCUCCAACUCCACGCUCCUCUGCAGCCUGCAGUUCAAACCACAGUGAGCAGAAUAUCAGUCAAGAUGAUGCCUCAGACGGUGAUGUUGAGCCAUGCGAUACUAAAAUCGACACUACUGCCUUUACAGGAAAACACUACGGAUUAAAGUCCAGUGCCUGUGUUACACCUGACCAAAUUCUAUCUGUUGGGGAUUAUGCUGCUGCAAAGAUUAAACCAAGACCAGUGUCAGCAGGGAUCUGUGUCUCCCAGAAGAAGGUUCGGCAGAUUGAUGAUCCCAUUCAGAGGCUCCUCGUGCAGCUACACAAAAUUAUUCACAUCACUCAGCUUCCACCAGCUCCGCACCACAACAUCAAACGGCGGGUCAUUGAAAGAUUUAAAAAGUCUCUGUUCCACUAUGGGAGCGAUCCAUACAACCUGAAGGUGGAGCUCAGCAAGCUCCUCCAGGCUUCUCCAGAGCUGAUGGAGUUGGACUCAGGCAGUUCAGACUGGUGGCCUCUGGUCCACCACUUCACUGGAGACCCCCAUGCUGCUGACAGCACAGGUGAUGGGAAUCUCAAAGAUGGAGUCACGUAUCAGCAAAUGCAGGGGAUCAUAGAGGAGCUGCUGGAGGAGAACAGCUACUAUGAAUCAACACACAGCAGGAUUGCAGAGAAAAGAAAUGACCAAGAAAACAAGUGACCAUCGUCCAUAUUCAUCCUCAGAUGUCACAGAAGCAGCUGGAAUAACACAAAUUUAUUCCAGCGUGGUAACAUUUGCAUCAACCUGAGUUCACAAAAAUACUGUAUGUGCACUCGAAAUUAUAAAAUCCUAUUUAUACAUAAUUUAUAAUUAUUUCACAUACAAAACUAUGAAAACGCUAAGUAAACACAAGUAUUUGUUUGUCUUUAAACUGUUGACAACUUACUGCUGUUUGUUAGCUAUUGUCGUGAUAAGGCUGCUGUAACAUGUUACCAAAACUGGCAUGUGAGGCUGCAACUAACGAUUAUUGUCAUUAAUCUGGCCAUUAUUUUCUCAAUUAAUUGAUCAUCGUUUAUGCCAGAAAACAGUGAAAAAUGUCCGUCACAGUUUCCUAAAGCCAGCCUGACGUGAUCAAAUCGACCGACAAUCCAAAAUCCACAAAUAUUGAAUGUACGAUCACAUAGCAGCACAUCCUCACAGAUGACAAGCUGGGACAGGGGAAUGUUUGGCAUUUUAAAAAUGACUUAAACGAUUAAUUGAUUAUCAAAAAAGUUGCCGGUUAUUUUUCUGAUGAUCGACUAAUUGAUUAAUCGACUAAACGUUGCAGCUCUACACCACACACCUCUUUGGUUCUCAGGCAUUGAUUGUUUGUACAAAUUUUAUGUGUAUGUGUGAAUCUCCAAAGAUAAGUUAAUAUAUGUACACUGUACUGUAUAUGCAUGUGCUUGUAAAGGCUGAAGCUGAUUUAUAUUUAUUUCUGUCAGUUCAGCCCAUGAACCCAGCCCAGCUUCUUACAUCAAAGUGAACUGGCGUGUAACCUGCAUGCAAACCACAGAAACAACUGACUUAACCUCAAACACUAUCCAAAGCUUUUCAUCUGUGGGGUUCAGCUCGUGUGAAGCUUUCCGUUUUGUUUUUUCAGGUUUGUCUGAGUUUAGCGCUUUAAAUUCUCAGGACCAGACUCAGCGGACUGUUUUAACUCCUCACUGCAGGACUGCACAUCACAGCAUGUGUUUCCAAUGGCUGCGAGCCAAAGCUGCAAAGCCAAAUUUCCUUAUUCACUUCACUUUCAAAGAGCUGAUAAGAAUCACAACCUUCACCUUAUCACAAUGUCUAAUAUGUCUAGUCUAAUUCACAUACAGUGAAAAACACGUCAAAUGUUUAAAUCUUUUCAACUUUUUGCUGUACUUGAACUUUAUUAACACACACUCGGAAAUACAGUUAUCAUUUUCAAUAUUAUUAACAUCUGAAAUAUUCUUUUUGUAUGUAAUUCACUGUACAUUUUAAUUUUAAAGACAGGAAGGCAGCUGCUUUAUUAAGCACUUUGACCCAAAAGGGAUUUGUUUGUAUAAUCUGUAUAAGGAAUAACUAUUUUCAAAUGAUAUAUUAAAUAAACACUAUUUAAUAUA